UCCAUUAGUGAUAAACUGAUCUACAGAUUAAUUCAUUAUAUCAAUGGACAUUUUUGAUUUGCAAAUAGUGUUCCAAGCGUUUAAAAUAUUCGACCAUAGUACUACAAAGCUCAAGAAGGUGGUAGUAAAAAAAAGCAAACUGUAAAAAAAUAGGCGCUACUAUCUUAAAUCGUGGCCAUAACCACUAUAACGUCGUGGAUUCUACUAAAAAUUUUUCCUGCUAAGAUCCAUUCGAAUAUAGCUGAUAAGGAACGUUUCCUUUAUCAGCGUUAUCUAUAGAUUACGAGUUACGACUACUACAGAAGACAGACUGAACAUUACGUAUUUACGUACAACUUUCAAGUACGGCACUAGUGCACUACAGCGUACGCCCUCCACGCACUACCUACUGACUACUGUGGAAGUGAGGACCACACCAGACUACUAGUUUACUACCGGAUCCGUUAGUCGACCAUAGAUUUAUGUUGUCGAUUUGUCGUACGAACUACAAAGUACAUCAGCUAUCAGCGUCAGUUGCUCAAUCCGCAUUCAACAGUUGAACAGUCAGUGAAAAAUAUUGAUAAACAGUAAACAGUUGUUACUUGUCAGUUACCGAAUACUGUUUAUUUAAUAUAUUUUGACGCACAAGUAUAUUAUCUGGUGGCCAUGGGAGGACCUAAAGAAGGCGUUCAAAAACAGAUACAACAAGACUGGGCGAACCGCGAAUACAUUGAAGUGAUCACGGGCAGCAUAAAAAAAAUUACAGACUUUCUCAAUUCGUUUGAUAUGUCAUGUCGGUCCAGGUUAGCUAUUUUAAAUGAAAAAUUAACUACACUAGAAAGAAGAAUUGAAUACUUGGAAGCUCGGGUUACUAAAGGAGAAACUCUUUCAUGAUACAUUGCCAUCAAAUAAAUUGGAAAUACUUGUGUACUAUAUUUAAAUUUUCCAAAGUAGUGUAAUUAAACUAGUCUAAGUAAUUUAUAUUUUUUUAACAUGUCAAAUUUAUUUUAUACAUUUAUGAUAUUAUAAUAUAAUUUAAGAUAUUAAACUUUUAAUAUUAUUAGAACAUUGUUUUUGAACUAAUGUGUUUUAUUAACCCUUUGAUGAGUUAAUUUUUUUUUAACUAUAACUCACUCAGAGUGAAUAUAUUUUAAAGAAUAGAAAUAACACAUUUUUAAUUUAUCUAAAGUAAUGAUGUACAUUUACGUCUUAUGUAUUUAACUUUUAGUAAUAAUGAUGUUAAUUCAUAGAUUGCAACAUAUAUUUCAUUUCAUGUUAUUAAUAUAUAUAUAAGAGGGUGAUUUCUUAAGCAUGUCACCCCAUUUUAUGUUUAAACUAGCUGUAUAAUCCAACUUUGACCGGGAAAAGAUUAUCAAAUAAUAUACGAUGUUGUAUCUUAGUUUUAGUAUACCUCAAUUUAGACAUAGCUCUUGGUUAGGUUAGAACAUGGUUCAAAUAUCUCUUUAAACUUUCCUUGCAUCUCUAAGAACAAUAUCUGAAAUUUUCUUCAAAAUUAGUCUGGUGGUUUUUGAGUACACUAAGUACCUAUGUUUUUGGAUAAUCGUAGUGCACCCCUACACAGUGGUAUGAAGGUACUAUGGCAAUCUCAAUUCUAGCUACCAUAGUUUAGGCUCUACUUUAAUCAGUCUGUCAGUACCGUUCGAUUAUGCAUAUAUUCAAAUUCUAAUUUUUUUUUUUUGUAUUUUUACGUGUAGUUAAAGGCAAUAGGUGGGGAUACCAACAUUUGUUUAUCAAAUAAGAACCUACAUGAGGUAUUAAUGCAAAUUGUGAAUCAGAUGAUUUUUCUGAACAUUUAUAUGUCUUUAUUGUAAUCAAAAUAUGAUGUUAUAUCUGCUAUUAAAAUCAUUGAACUACGUCAA